AUGCCGAAGGCCCCGACCCCUCGGUCUUUUAUCGAGGUCAUGUUCAGGUCGUCCGAGUCCGAAGCCGAGCCGCCACCUCGGAAGGUGUUGACCACCCAGCGGCUCGCAGCUCUCUGA